AUGACUGAAGCACGGGUGAUCAAGCGUCGCUCCCUCGGCCUCGGCCUCACCUUCCUUGCCACCCUCAUCCUCAACACUGUCAUUGCCACUACACCCUUCUUAAUCACAUCAACACAUGCCGGAUCCUUUGAGAUCCCCGUCAGCAAACCCGCCAUCGAGCUUGACCCCAUUUCCUUUCCACUCGAUACCCCCGCCAAGGCCCCUCUUAGCAAGAACCGCCACAAGCUUAUCUCGUCAAAGUACCUCGGCAAUUCCGUCAUCACCAAUGCCAAGAACCUCGGCUAUUCUGGCACCAUCAUUCUCGGCAACAACCCGCCACAGUCCUUCGAGGUCGUCUUUGACACGGGCAGUGACAUGAUCGUCAUCACCUCUAACGAGUGUCAAGGUACUCACUGCGACGAAAUGGACCAUUACACUUGCUCCUCAUGCGCAAAGACCCCAUACUCCUACAACAUCUCCUACGGCGAUGGCACCUGGGGCAGCGGACCCAUUGUCGCUGAUACUGUCUCGAUCGGUGGCCUCAUCAUCCAUGAUCAGCAGAUCCUAGACAUCACCCAGAGUGGACUCGACCUAUCCUCCUAUGGCCCCGGGAUCUCAGGUCUCGUCGGACUGAUGCCCAAUUCGCCCGUCUUGAACGCCGUACCACCACUCGGGACCAUCUCCAAAAACAAACUCCUCGACAUGAACGUGUUUUCGGUCUAUCUCGCCCGAAGCCUCAAGGAGAACCAAGGUGGCUCUUUUUUAUUUGGAGGUAUCGACUCGACAAAGUUUGUUGGACCCUUGAACUAUGUGCCGGUCUCGACAGCUUCAGGAGUCCGAGAAGGAAUGUGGUACGUUGAUGCCGACAAUGCCUAUGCAGGAGACACGCCCGUUAAUGGCUACACAGAAUCGCCAUGGCUGUUCGACACUGGCACGUCCUUUAUCGCCGUCCCGACAUCUUUUGCCGCUGCAUUCCAUGCUAGCAUACCUGGAUCCGCCUACUCUACAACGGAUGGGAUCUAUAUCAUCCCUUGCCAGGGUACCACAAGCUUUGGUGUUUCUUUUAACGGGAUCAAGUACGAGGUGCCUUAUUCCGACUAUGUGGCGGCUGCUGGUGGAGGUUCGUCGCUCUGUGUCUCGCUGGUUAUGCCUCUCAGGAACUAUGAGAUGUAUAUUCUUGGCGACCCAUUCCUUCGGCAAGUCUACUCGGUCUAUGAUUUCACUCCAGGCGCCAGUCGGAUCGGAAUCGGCCAGGUCAACGUGAAGAAUGCUUCUCUCGGAAACGAAGGACUAUCAGGAGAGCCAGUGCCAGGAGGAGCGGUCAUCACACCUAAAAACCCUAGCUCAGGACGGCGAGGAUACAGGACAGAGUCAAUGUCAAAACUAUUCAGUCUAGUAAUGGUCUCGACCGUGGUGGCGUUAUAUGUUGCAUUCCUCGGAUAA